GCGAACCGGGGUCAGGUUGGCCGGGCCGAGCUGGCCUUUCCUAAGUUUUCCCCCUUCCCGGGCGUGGAAGUUUUGCGAAGUCGUCGGUAAUUAAAAGGGCCUCGGAGAUCGACCCUUCCGCUAAAUUCUCCGUUUCUUCCGCGGAAAAGACUUAUCCGGAGACCUUGGGGAGAGCCAACCAUGGCUUACGUCGAGAAUGGUGUUGUGAAACAAAAGCGGACUGUUUGGAGGUUGAGCAUAAUAUCAGAUUUCUUCUGGGCUAUUGUGAAUUUCAUUGGUGUAUUCUUUGUCACAAUGUUCUCGAUGGAAAAAUCAAAUGAAUACAAGAAAGGGUCAGGCUCUAGUAAGAAAUGGGAUGGUGGCCCUGGUGGAGGCCCUGGAGGUAGUCAUGGAAGGGGUCCAUAUGGUGGUGGUGGUGGUCCUCGUGGGCCACGUACAUUGGCUGAUCUCAGAUCAAAUGAUCAUAGUUCUCUUCCUGCAUGUGGAUCCUGCUGUGGAGGCUAAAUACAAGAGUACCCCUUUCUGGUUCAUAUGUCACCUGCUGAAAUAGACUUUCUGCUUUGCUCUGUAUCAAGACAAUAUGUUCGAAAUGGCUCUGCUUGUCACGGCAACUUGUAAUUCAGGCUGUGGUUAUGUAGCAUGUUAUGGUUUUUGGUUUUAUAUGGAGUAUUUCUAGUGUAAAAUUCUAAUACAACUCAGAUCACGCAAAACAAGAUUGAUGUGUGGAAAAUUUGACCUUGUCUGGAGUAUUUCUACAAUCCAAUUCUACAUUCAUCUGGA